AUGAACCAAGCAGAAGAUGUUGAGAUCAUCCUCGGUCAUAAACGCCGUUACAAAUUUCACUCCGGCACACUCGCAAGGAACUCCACCCUCUUCGCUGAGAUGCUGAGCGAGCGCAAUGCUGCAAAGCUCAGUAGCCGUGCCAGAAGUGCCGGGGUUAAAAUACGCUGGAUGGUUGAGCUCACACGACUACCUGAUGAACAAUUUCCUGCUGGCCAUCUUGAACUCGUGGAGCUCACAUCUACGGGCGAGCGCGCGGAUGGCCGUUCAGGCCUGGUUGUGAACGAAAAUGGCCGCAUACCUCAAGCUAAUCAGGCAUUUGCCAACUACGAAUCAAUCUUGUACGCCUUUUACAACAAGGAGCUUGCUGUGGACGACACGGAUAUGUCCGCCGCCCUGUUCGAUUGCUAUCAGCUUCUUCAGAUCUCGGAUUACCUUGGCUGUACCGGGCUAAUCUCUAAGCCAAUCGAAGUCGCGCUCUUCAAACACGGCCAAGAUCUCUUUCGUGCGAUCCAGGGUGUGCCGUAUGCCUGGAUCGAAUUGGCGUAUCGCAUUCGUAGCGAGCUGAUCUUCAGGGAGUGCGUCGUACACCUCGUUGGUAACUGGAAAGUCUUCAAGACCAAAUACAACAUGAUCGACCGUCUCCGUGAUAUACCCAGUGUGCGCGGCCUGGUCGAAAACUACCACCACAUCCUCCUCGAGAAGUGCAAGAGCCUCGAACUCAGUGUUCUCUCGCAUUACCCACAGGUCAUACGUCUCCCCUCUGAAGAUCUGCCUAUCAAGCGCGAAUCCUAUGGAAAAGACAUCCUGGUGUGGAUGGCACUAACCUUCUUCCGUCACUGGGUCUCUCAACGCCUCAUCACGGGCAAAGGUCGAGAUGCUCCAGACUGCGGGUACGAGCUGUUCUUCGCACUUGGUAAUGGCGGCGACGCGUACAUGGACAAAUCAGUCAUCAAUCAGUUUCAUACCCGUUUCCCCAUGACCAAGAAAGCCAUGAACGUGCUUGAAAACCAUUUGUACGAAUUCAAAGAGUGCAUCAAGAAGGUUGUUGACGAUAGCAAGGUGCUAAGGAGUCACUGUCAGCUCGACGUGCACCGCUUUCCAGUCAAGUAUCUGACCUGCACGGAGUUCGCAAGGGACGAUUUCCCGUGGUUGAAAGAGGAGCGGGAGACAAGAGUUAUGCCGGCGAAGAGAACGUACAAGCUAGGCGGGAACGAGAUUGCAAGGUCAAACCUGGAAACCGUAAGGAAGUUGCAGAGGAGUUUUAGUGGAGAAAGGCAGGAGGAGUUGGAGUACAGUGAGGAGGAGGAGGUGGUGGUGGUGGUGGAGCCUGAGUAUGAGAGUGAGACGGGCAAACGUAUGAGGUACGAGUAG